AUGGGUCACCAACAGUUCUACUGGAGCCACCUGCAAAAAUUUGCUCGCUCUUGCUGCGUGUGUUCAAAGAAAUAUGGCCUUAACGUGUGCCGGCAGUAUUUCCAUCAGAACGCGAAGGAUAUAGGCUUCAUUAGGUUGGACUAA